AUGUUUAAUAAAGACCCCUUUAAAGUAUAUCAUGACAAUGUUAAUAAAAACAUUGAAAGGAUGAAAAAGGAGAAGAAACUAUUAGUUUCUUCACAACAUAUUCCAGGUGACAGACAACAUCAUGCACAUCAUCACAAAAGACAGCCUUUAAGUAAUAUAACAUCAGCCAGAAUAAACAAGCCUACGUCAACAACCAAAACAAAUCUUCUAUCUACACGAAAACUAUUAUCAAAGUUUGAGAAACCAAAACGAGAAAUUUUUUCAAAUAAGUCGUACGAAUUUGAGGUGCUUAAUAAUCGUGGAUCGAAUAAUAAAUAUACCAAAAUUGAAAAUGAAUUUGACAGUAAAAAUAUCAAUUCUAAAGAUCUAACUAUUAAUUCAUUUUUAAAGAAGUUUAAAGAAAUGGUUAAUUGGUACAAAUUGAACAAAUUUCAAUUUGAAAUAACAAACACAACCUCUAAAGAGGGUGUCAACAAUAAUGGUUAUUUUGAGCAAGUCAAUAAAAAUGUAAUAACGGGACAAAUAAUGCAAAACAUAGUUAAAAGAAAUUAUAUUCGACCUGAAUAUAGUAAGGCCAAAAUUACUGCAACUCAUAAAGUCAAUCAGAUAGGUAAAUUAAGUGAAUUUAUGUACGCUGUUAAAGUUUCAGGUGAAACGAGUAACGAUGAUAACCAAACACAAACGGAAAAAACAGUAUUGCUCAUGAACGUGGGAAAUUGUGAGAUAAAAGUCAACGAUAGACUUAACUUGAAUGAUUUGUGUUAUUUAAUGGAUUAUCAGGGAGGAAAAUUAGGAGUGUACUUGCGAUGGCAUGUAGUUAAAUAA